CGGCAUGGUUUGGUUUCUUUUAAGGUUAAUUUGUUUUUUCUCAAAUAUCUAAAUGAAGGUUAUAUUUACAACUUUUAAAUAUCUUAAGUUAUGUUUUUCAAACAACUAUUUAUUAAAACUAAGUCAAUUUCAAAGUUGCGUUUGCCACAAAUCCCUGGAAUCUUUUAUCGAAAUAUAAACAACAUAGCUCUCGAUGAUACGCCUCACAUAACCUCAAGUGAAAUAAAGAAAGUGUUAAAUGGAAAUAAUGUAUCGUUUGAGGAAGGUUAUACAUGUUAUUUGGCUAAAUGUUCAGUGUGUAAUGUUGAUACUAAAAGACAUCUUUACAUAAAUAAAAUUACAGGUUUUUUUAUAUGUACAAAAUGUAAAUUAAGUGGAGAAUGGGGAACACUCGAGGAGGGUUUAAAAAAAAAUAUAAAUAGUAAGAGAAAAAAAUUAAAUGCAUUGAACAGGAAGGAUUUUGUGACUUUAGGUGCAUGUUGUGAGCAAGAUAAAAUAAAGAAUUAUUUGGAAAAAACACAAACCAAUACCAAUGAUAUAAAAUCACUUUCACAAAGUGAUUUUUUGAAUAUUUUUGAAUCUUUUAAAUUACCUCAAGUAUCUAAUAAAAUUUUAGAUACAAUCAAUAUUCGUAUCGAUAAUAAACAUGAAAAUUUAUACUUCCAAUUGGAUAAUGCAGACCAAGAAACGGUCGGUUACAAAGUAUUAAAUGUAAUCUCAAAUAAAUACAAAGUUGAACCUAGUCAAACGUGUACAGGCAUUUUAUACGCUAAAUUAAGACCGAAAGAAACCGCGGUAGUUGUUGCAAACGUUCCAGAUUUUUUAAUUCUUGUUAAUCAUAAACCAUCAGUUAAUGUAAUUUGUCUUCCAAAUGGCUUAAUUAAUAUCUCACAGUUUGUUUUGACAAGCUUAGAAAGAUUUAAUAAGUUGAUACUUUGGUUUGGAAAUGAUGUGGAAUCAUGGGAUUCUGCGAGGACUUUUGCUAAGAAACUUGGCGAAAAACGAUGCCUUUUCAUACGACCAACAGAUCAGCACCAACUACCUCAUUUAGCUCCUGAACAAGAUUUUAAAGCCAUUAUUAGUUCAGCACAACCAAUUGUACAUAAAUCAAUAACAACAUUUUCUAGUUUGCGUGAAGAUGUGUUUUCUGAUCUACAAAAUAUUGAUAAAGUUCAAGGAGUUAAAUGGAAACGAUUUCCGACGUUAAAUAAAAUAUUAAAAGGACAUCGUAAAGGUGAACUGACGAUAUUAACUGGACCCACGGGAUGCGGAAAAACGACCUUUAUCAGUGAAUAUUCAUUAGAUUUAGCUAUGCAAGGUGUAAAUACUUUAUGGGGUAGUUUUGAAAUUAGAAACGCCCGAUUAGCAAGGACAAUGUUGCAACAAUACGCUGGAAUACAACUGGAUGAACACCUCGAUCAAUUUGAUUUUUGGGCAGACAAAUUCGAAAAAUUACCAGUUUAUUUUAUGACAUUCCAUGGUCAACAAUCAAUUAAAAUUGUUAUGGAGGCUGUUGAGCAUGCAACAUACGUUCACGAUAUAUCACACGUAAUAAUCGAUAAUCUCCAAUUUAUGAUGGGAAUGACUGAAGAUUCAAAAACGAUGGACCGCUUUUGGAAACAAGAUUUAAUCGUAGCCGCAGUUAGAAAUUUCGCGACAAAAAAAAAUUGUCACGUAACAUUAGUAAUACACCCCAGGAAAGAAAAAGUUUCCGAAGAUUUAACGACAAGUUCUAUAUUUGGCGGGGCGAAAGCGACGCAAGAAGCCGAUAACGUUCUCAUCAUCCAAGAUCAACGUUUAAACAUGUUGCGGGGUAAAAAAUUUAUACAAAUCGCCAAAAAUCGUUAUAGCGGUGACUUGGGUAUCAUGAAUUUAGAAUUUAUUAAAGAAAAAUUAAGUUACGCACAAAAAAAGAAAAAAUUGUUAACUCAAGAUGUUCCUAAUGAUCAAAAAGAAAUUAACUAA